AUGAGUUCCAUCGAACUUCCGCAACUCAUGGAUGACAAUUUGAUCACUCGACGAAAGAAAAUUAUGCAGGCCAUCGAAGACAUUCGUGGUAAAAAAUCGGAAAUCGCGAGCGCGCUUCGGGAAUUGGGAAUCGGAAAACCAGAAGGAAACGAGGAAGUGAAAGAAAACAUGAAACAACUGCUGGCAGCAUACGAUGCUAUUUCUGCACAAGAAACGCAGUACAUGGAUAUUCUGAAAACUAUUGUUGGAAUUCAUGAGCAAGCUACUCUUGAUAUUGCCAAAGAUUUUGAAGAAAAAAUCAAGAAAGAUGCUGAAAAACUGAAAGAGAAGAAGGAAAAGAAAGAAGCAGAAGAAGAAGCCGUCGAAGAAGAUAAUUCUGAGAAGUCUCCAGAAGAAUUAGCGAACAGUGAGGUGAUGGCUGAACUACAGGAAGCCCUUUUGGAGCUGAAAAAAGUGUCAGAGGAAGCAGUGGCGGCAUCAGAAUUGAACGAGAAAUUAGUGGAACGACUUCAAUUGACAAAGAAGAAGAAGAGUGCCAUGAUGGAGGUUCGCGCCAAAAAAGCAAAGGAGCUAGAUGAAGAGGCAGCUAGAGCCAGAGCUGAAGUUAUGGAAAGGAUAAAUAAAAUGGCCGCUCUCAAAAAGACAACAGGAAGACAGGAAAAAGAGCUGAAGGAAUUGCAGAAGCAAUGCCUUGAACUGGGUCUUACUCUUGGUGUUGAUGGUGAGAAAGAAGCCGAUUCCAGUGCAACGGAAAAUCAACCAAAACCUGAAUUGAAUGAAGAGGAAAAAGAGAAAAGAAGAGAAGAGAUCAGAGAGAACAUCAAGAAGGAAAUGGAGAAGAAAGAGCAAGUGAAUACACUGAUCCGCGAGAAGCUCGCUUCUAUGGACGCACGCCGAAAACGUCUUCAGCAAAUUAGAAAAAUGUUGGAAAAACAAGAAGAACCAAAAGAAAAGGCGGAUGCUGUGAUCAACAAUGCAAAACAGACAGGAGAAGGCAUUACAUUGACACCUGAAACUCCUCGUCAAUCCCAAGAAGAAGGGGAAAAUGAGCCGUCUCUAGAUGCUGAGAACCUUGACGACGAGCAUGUCACUGAAAAGUCGUUGGAUGAUAUUCUGGCAAACGCGAAGGCUAACUUGAGCAACUUGACAGCAAUGAGAGAAAGACUGGAACAUAUCAAAGAGACGGGCGGUGCAGAUCUGAAUGAAGAAGAUGUUCAAUUAUUGGAACAAUUGGAACAUGUUGAUUUGGAUAUGGACGAUGGAGGAGAGCCUCCCGACUCCAAGAAGCUGAAAUCCGAAGCUGAUCUCAUUCUGAGCAAAGAACCAGACGGUGGUCCUGAAGAGAAGAAUGAUAUCGAGUCUGCUGUACGUGCAUCUUUCCAUAAAAUCUUCCAACCAAAGCCGUUGAUCUUGCCGGAUAAUCAAAUAGAACUUCUGAAUCAAGCUCGUCGUGCAGCUGUAGAAGAAAUGAUCCGAAAAAUUGACGAAAAGGCUAACAGUGUUGGAAGGCAUUCAUCAAACGCACCGUACCAAAAUACAGUAAUCCAACGACUCGUUGUCUACAACUCAUCAGUUCCAUCAUUACACUAUCUCUAUCCUCAGGUAUUCGUCCACUCUCUCCUUAGAUCCCGCCCACUUUCUCCAUCAUCCGCUUUGCCAGCACCACACCCCAAAACUCCGCCCCCAUUCGAUCUCAUCGUGUUAGCAGAGCUCUCUCAAUUCACUCAUUCGAGCUUCUUCUCCACACACAUACACACACUCACACACGUAUUCCAGCUGCCGUCUUCUUCUCAUUCUCCUGUUGUCACCAUGGACUCGGUCUCCUCGUCCCCCGGUCCACUUUCCCUAUCACUUCUAUCACUAGAAGCUAGUGACUUGCGCGAGCUGGCUUCCUAUUUACUCAAACUUGCCGAUUUACAGGAGCAGUCCGUCUCCAGCUCUUCCAAGCUCUUGACGGAAACGGAAGAAGCUUUGGGAGCAAAGAAGACGAAGAAAAAGAAAAAGCAAAUGGGAGACAUGAUGAGAUAG